CAGUUAUUUAGCUGUCCAUCUGCUGUACGUUCGCCCCGUGUUUGGACUGGUCGUGGAGCUGAGCUCUAGCCAGUAGAAAGCUAUCGCUACUCGUGUUUUCUCGGUUCGGGUAACUAUGGCAGCACAGUCCAAAGUGCUAAACGCUGCUCAGCCCCGGGAACAACCGCUGGCUUUUCCAGCCUCGGGAUUGGGGUGAAAGGGGACCUCAACUCGUACCGAAGCAGAACCACUUCCCUGCAGCGUCACGCCGGAGUCCAGCUCCUCUAGCAGGGGCGCCGCUCCAGUCCCUCCUCCUCCCCGCCCCGAGGGAGUAGGUGGCCGCCUCGGGACUCGCCCGGCCACUUUCUAGACUUCCGCGGCGGGGUGCCCCGGCUUCAGCCCCGGCCGGCCGGCUUCGAGCCCGUCACUAUCCCAGGAUUCCCGACGCCCGGUUUCCUGCCCCUCUCCCCUCCCAGCUGCCGCAGCCCGCGGGAGUGGCAAGAUGGCGGACAGGGACUACUUGGCUGAAGCCGCGGCGGCCACGGCUUUCUCUCCCGCGGCUGUUCGCGGCCUAGGCCCGCCGCUGGGCUGGAAGGAGCGCCUGCGGGCCGGGCUGGCGGGGGCUGGGGCCUCGCUGUGGUUCGUGGCGGGGCUGGGGCUGCUUUACGCUCUGAGGGUGCCGCUCAGGCUGUGCGAGCACCUGGCCGCGGUGACAGGAUUUUUAAAUUCACUGACACCCAAAUUCUAUGUGGCACUUACAGGAACAUCUUCUUUGAUAUCAGGACUUAUAUUUAUGUUUGAAUGGUGGUACUUCCAUAAGCAUGGCACGUCUUUUAUUGAACAAGUAUCUAUAAACCAUUUGCGGCCACUGAUGGGAGGAACAGAAAGCAGCAUCACAGAGCCAGGUUCUCCCAGCAACAGAGAAAAUGAAACUGGUAGACAGAAUGUGUCAGAAUGCAAAGUAUGGAGAAACCCUUUAAACCUUUUCAGAGGAGCAGAAUAUAGGAGAUAUACUUGGGUAACUGGUAAAGAGCCACUUACAUACUAUGACAUGAACCUGUCAGCACAGGACCAUCAGACAUUUUUCACCUGUGACACAGACUUUUUACGUCCUUCAGACACAGUUAUGCAGAAGGCAUGGAGGGAAAGAAAUCCUCCAGCUCGAAUCAAAGCAGCCUAUCAAGCUUUAGAAUUAAACAAUGAUUGUGCCACUGCUUACGUCCUACUGGCUGAGGAAGAAGCAACCACUAUUGUAGAUGCUGAAAGGCUAUUUAAACAGGCGCUCAAGGCAGGAGAAACAAUUUAUAAGCGGUCACAGCAGUGCCAGCACCAGAGUCCUCAGCAUGAAGCUCAACUGAGGAGAGAUACCAACGUACUAGUAUAUAUUAAAAGAAGAUUGGCAAUGUGUGCAAGAAAAUUAGGAAGAAUAAGAGAAGCAGUGAAAAUAAUGAGAGAUUUGAUGAAAGAAUUUCCUCCUCUUACCAUGUUGAACAUCCAUGAAAAUCUGUUAGAAUCACUUUUAGAGUUACAGGCCUAUGCGGAUGUUCAGGCAGUCCUAGCAAAAUAUGAUGAUAUAAGCCUUCCGAAGUCAGCAGCCAUCUGUUACACAGCAGCACUGUUGAAAACAAGAACCGUUUCAGAUAAAUAUAUUAUGGAAUAUCUUGCAUAUUUGCUAGAAAUGAAAAGUUUGAUUUUACCACCAGAACAUAUUCUGAAACGGGGUGACAGUGAAGCAGUUGCUUAUGCUUUCUUUCAUCUUCAGCACUGGAAACGGAUAGAAGGUGCUCUUAAUCUGUUGCAGUGUACCUGGGAAGGCACUUUUAGAAUGAUUCCAUACCCAUUAGAGAAGGGACAUCUAUUUUACCCUUAUCCCAGCUGCACAGAAACUGCUGACAGAGAGCUGUUACCUACCUUUCAUCACGUUUCUGUAUAUCCAAAGAAGGAACUUCCUUUUUUCAUCCACUUUACAGCAGGACUGUGUUCUUCUACAGCAAUGAUAGCUCUUCUCACACACCAAUUUCCUGAAAUCAUGGGUGUUUUUGCUAAAGCUGUAAGUAUGAUCUCAAGGACUUGUAUAGAGUAUUUGUAAAGCACAAAAGAAAUCAUCUCUGACCUGUUUGUGCUAACUCAGAUGAGCAGUAGAUGUUUGUUGUAAAGUUACUGCCAUAAAUGUGCAAAUGUAAGAUUCUGGUGACUUGAACUAUACUUCUGUUGCUUAAAAGUUUAAAGAAUACCGUGCUGUAACAUUAUACAGUUGUUUUUUCAUAGAUCACCUUUGGUGAUAGACUGAAUUGAUAGAAUAAUCUAAUUCUUUUUUGCCUUUCAUACAUUUUCUUUGGCAUUUAAAAAUUUCCAUAUUUUGUAACCAAACCUUUUGAUUAUUCUGUUUGAAUGAUGUCAUUAGUUCUCAAAUUUGCUAAAUUUUAUAUUGAAGAGUACAACUAGGAUGGAGAAUAAGUAGGUAAGAUGGCCCCAGGUAUAGAAUGUUUCAUAUUAAAAGGUUUGCCCAG